AUGGGAUACGCAAGUUUAUCAGCAUGGAGACUGCAUGCGGAUACAGUGGCUCUCCUCACCUUCCUAGGAAUACAUACAGAUCCACUGCAAGAUUCAUCGCAGCCCAACUUUUGUCAAGAGAAUCGGAAGCAACUCGCAGCAUUUAUCUUCAUGAUGGAUCAAACCUUUGUCAUGUUCACGGGGCGGCCCCCUCUUAUAAACUACAGGUUCAUGUUUAUGCCGCUGCCUUUAGACAUUGAUGACGGCGAUUUCUUUGCUGACGAGGCCGUGGUCACUCGUUCGUUCAAUGGCUUGGAUGCAAAUGGCUGGAAUACACAUGGCGGCAUCUACUCUGUGAGUUUUAUUCGUGCGCGUACGAUUUGUGCCUUCAUUCGGGCAGAACUUGUGGAAGUUGCACUCAACAAAGCCGCCAACAUUUCAACGAGUACACUACUGGAUAUCAAGUCUCGUCAGAUUAGUGCAAUGAGACAAAUCCCCUCAUCACUAAUAUAUAAACCUCGCGAGAUUCUGGACCCCAAAAUUCCCUCCUACCAUAUCUUGGCUCAGCUCCUUGUCCAAUUAGAUCACCUUCAGAACAUCUUUAUUCUCGAGAGGCUCCUACUUCGUCAGAACAUGUUAGAUGAGGGCGACUUGCUUGUUACUAGCUUCGAGAUGGUAUCUCUUACACUCACCUUUUGGUCUCAUAAAGACCGCCUGCUCGAAGCGCGCAACGAUUUUGAGUGGCUGUUAAUCGCUUACGCUGCUCCCGGAGGUGGAAUCAUGUGCAUGGAGCUUCUUGAGCCUACAUUUACAGGAACCCACCCCAAGAAUGACAAGAUCACUCGAGCAAGCAUUAUACAACAGCUGAGCAUGUUAGUGGCCUUCCUCAACUGGGUGCAUCCUCCAGCUCCCAAUGCAGACCUUUGUGCCAAUUGCAAGGCAGUGAUACAGCACGUCCUCGAUCAUACAUUGAACACGACGAUUGAGAGUACCUGGCCGCCGCCAUCGUUGGAUUCUUUGCCUCUAGACUUCAAUUUUGAAUUGCUUGACACGUUCAGCUGGGCACGUGGGUAG